AUGAGUUCGGUUUCUAGUAUUGGAUCGAAUGAUAUUGACAAUAGUUCAAUGCUACUGGAAGUUAAUUUGCGCCGAAAGAACGAGCAAGACGAUGGUAGGGAUGAAUCUGCGGUCUUAAAUGAAGAUGAUGAGGGCAGCAGCAGCACAUAUACAUUGAAGAGAAGUGAUUCAUCGGCCAGUGUAUCGUUUAUUGAUUUAUCCAAGUUGUUAUUUUUAUCGGAUUUUGACUUUGGGUUUGAUGUGGAUAUGGUGAGUGAUUCGACCAAGAAGAAGUUCAACAAGAUGAAAGAAAAGACGAAACAGAGAUUUCAACAACUCAAGGAUGAGGCAAGAAAGACCGACUCGAAUACAGAGUUGAUGAAGCUCAAUGAGAAUUUCAUGGCCCAUGUGGGGAAAUUUGACAAGAGACUUCACGAUAGCUUGCGUUCAUCAGCUGCUGAGAAGUUGUUCUAUGCGUUGGCCAUAUCUUUGAUUGCCACAUGCGGGUUUUUGAUAGGGAAAUAUCCGCAAUGGUUCCAUGUCUUUCACACGGCUUUGUUCUGUGUGUUGAUGCCUAUCAGGUUCUACACGUAUUUCAAGCUUUCAUUUCAAUACUAUUUGGCGGAUUUGUGUUACUAUGUCAAUUUAUUGUUAAUUUUAUUUAUUUGGGGAUUCCCAGACUCGAAACCACUCUUCGUGUCGGUGUUUUCGUUGGCCAUGGGAACGUUAUCGUUUGCGGUCAUUACGUGGAGAAACUCGCUUGUAUUACACUCGAUCGAAAAAUCCACCAGUUCAUUUAUACAUAUUAUGCCCCCAGUAACGUUGUUCGUUAUUGUGCAUGAAUUGCCAGAGGAAUACAGGGCCGUCAGAUUUCCAGCUGUGGCCAGUAUUGAUCGCUGGAACUUUAUCAACGGUAUAAUUUGGACCUCCAUAUAUUACACUCUUUGGCAAGUGUGUUACCACUACUUUAUCACUAUCAAGAGAAAAGAACAGAUUGAAAAGGGUAAAGUGACUUCAUUCACCUAUCUCAAGAAGAAAAACAAGAAUGAUCCAUUGGGCAAAUUUGUCAAUUCUUUGCCAUAUACGUGGAUGCAAAUCACUGCCUUUACGUUAAUUCAAUUUGGAUAUCAAAUUUUGACCAUGAGUUUUUGCCCAAUUUGGUUCAGAUAUAAGCAUGCUUGUGGUGCAUUCAUGCUGUUCAUAUUUAUAUGGGCGUCAUAUAAUGGUGCUACAUAUUAUAUUGAUGUUUUCGGUAAGAGAUUAGAGAAAGAAGUUGAAAAGUUGAAAAUGGAAGUAAUCGAGUUACAGCAGAAGAACAAUGAACGCGAAGACGACAAACCUAAGGCUCAAGCAGAUUUUGUCCAACUGGAACGUGAAUCACCAGUCAUUGAUCCAAUAGGUUAA